UACUUUCACUCGUGCGAAUGUUUCGAUCCUUACCUUUUUGUUUGUUUUUUAUUUCAAUCAUUGCCGCAUGGGACGGCUUUUACGUUUCAGUUAACCUUUUAUUUUGAAACGAUGGAACGUUGUUCUUAUGGUUUUUACACCAAAAGGUCUGAAAUCUUAGACAACACGCAAAAAAAGAAAGAACAAGAUAAAGAAUCCCAGAAUUCAAAUUACCAACAGCAAAUUGUUAAAUCAAAUGAUAAGUCAUUACACAGUACAGAACUCCACAAUGUUAACGUACCUGUAACUCAGCAUGUACCAGCACAACAGUUAUUGUCUCCGACACACAGCUCAAAUCAGUCUGUGCAAUCCAAAGAGGACCAAAAAGAUAAAACAAUAAAGGUUGCUAAUUCAACUACAAUAACCUUGAUAGAGAACAGUACCUUGAAUGGUGAUAAAGACAAGGACAGUAAUUAUCAUAAAAACUACUUUACUCUUGAACCCAAAGUGCAUGACAAGAAAGAUGAGUGUAAUAAAAACAGUAUUACUAUAACUAAGACUGUGCCAAAACAAUCUCCAGGGGGUAAUAGUCAAUUUGAUAAAUCUAAAACUCAAAUAAAACCCACAAAGAGACCAUUACAGUGUUUGGAAACACUAGCUGAAAAGGCAGGUAUAACUUUUGAAGAUAAAUAUGAAGCAGCAAAUACUUUGUUGGCUUUAGACAAACAGAAUCUAAACAGAAAACCUGAAUUAAAGCAGCCAAAAUCUGAACCGGAUAAUCACAAUCAACAAGAAGAAUACAGAUACCGGAAUCAGAAAGAAGAAGAUGAUAAAUUACAGAUCCAGCAGCAGAUAAUACAACAACAACAACAGCAGCAACAACAACAACAACAACAACAACAACAGCAGCAGCAACAACAACAACAGCAACAACAACAACAACAGCAGCAGCAGCAGCAACUGCAACAGUUGCAGCAACAGCAACUGCAACAGUUGCAACAUCAGCAACUGCAGCAAUUACAACAACAAGCUCUACAAAGACAACACCAACAAGCUAUACAACAGCAUUUAAAAAAUCAACAAGAUCAGCAGGAAUUGUUACAGAAGCAGUAUCAACAACAGUCUCAACAACAGAAACAAGAAUUACUGCAAAUAACUCAACAAUCGGAACAUCAACAGAAAUUCUUGCAGCCGGUGCACACGCAGCAGUUCAACGUACCAGGAAUAGGAGAGAUCAAUCUAAGUUUCUUGGCGUCACCACAGAGCAACGUGAACCUGCUUUACGACAAGAACCACAAGCCCGGCAUGAGCGGCGAAAUCAAACCGCAACAAAUAGUAGAGGGUCAACCGCAAGUAGUGCAGCACCAGCUGAGCAUGGCGCAACACGAGCCAUCGCAGCAACACCACCAGACUGUCACCGUCGUGUCCUCGAUGCCCAGCAACAUGGCCUCGCACCAGGUACAACAACAACAGACCGGCGGAGGUAUUCAGCAGCAAUCUAACGCUGGAAUAACGACGAUGCCGCCCCUACAAAGUUUGCCUUCGAACGCUCAACAUCCCCAGCAACUUAGUGCGGAAUGGGGUCACAGCCGGGUCCAGGUGAUUCAGCAGCCCCUGCCGAACAAUGCGUACCUCCAGCAGCUGUACAACACCCAGGGACCGCUACUCAUGCCCGGGAACAUAGCCUUGCAUCCCGGUAUCAAUUCGCAACAGAUUCAGGUAAUAGCUGCGGGAAAGCCUUUUCAAGGCAACCAGCUCGGUCCGCACAUGUUAACGACGCAGGGCAAACAAGUACUACAGGGCCAAGCAGCGCCCUUCCCCGGGUAUACUACAAUACCCGCGAUCCCGACGACGCAGAAUCAAACGUUCGUCUUCAGUUCGAACAUACUGCCGGCGCACUCGCAGCCCACCGUGUCCGGAAUAACUCAGCAGCAGAAACAAUCCGACAUGCAUAAGUGCGGCGGUAAGGUGACCGGCGGGAAGGUCGCCAACGCUAAUGCUGGCGGGAAUCAGACUGUUCCCGUUCAAGCUCAGUGCGUCCAGGUGUCGCAGCCGGUACUCAGUGCUCAACAACCUGCGCAGGCGCAGAUCAUCGGGCCCCUGCAGACCGGUGGACAGACGAUGCAGUUCGCGCCGUGGCAGAUCUCCGGAGCUCUGCCGCAAGUGUGGGCGGGGGGGCUCCAGGCUGGCACUCUGCCGGCGGGGGGCCUGCUCACCCCCAACCCUAUAUUCAUAAGGGGAACUCAACCGGACGCGCCCCCCUCCAUGUUCAUACAGCACUCGCCGCAGAACACUGUCCACCACAACAGCGUGAGCGUAGCGUGUGCGACGCCCACUACAGCAAAGCCGCGUGCUUCUGCCGAUGGGAUUUCGAAGGCUCCCCGUCCGCUAUCGAACAUCCUGCCCUCUGGUGGGAUCAGACCUAACUCAAAUGUCUCCACGCAAACGAACGCUAAUCAAGCUCAGAACCAGGCAAAGCAGCGCGGCAAGCCAGGCGUGAGGUCUCCGGCUCCAGCUAAUAAACAGGAUGCGGCCAAUCAGACGAACAAAAUGCAGCAUCAGAUCCAACAGCCGAAACAACAAUUGUUAGUGAUGAACUCGUCCGGUCAGAUGGCGCAGAUAACGAGCGUGCAAGACAAACAGGCUCUGAACAAGAACCUCCAGCAGCAGGCUUUACUCCAACAACAGAUACAACAACAGCAGCAGUCAUCGGUUCAACAACAACAGCUGUUGCAUCAACAACAAACUCAGCAAAUGGUGCAACAUUAUCAACAGCAAGGAAUGACGCUGGGCAUGCAACAAGGUACUCAGACUCUGCCCAUCGCUGGGAUGCCACAAACCAUAUCAAUGGUGCAACAAAUACAUCCUCUUGGAGCCAUGGGUCAAGCCGGUACAAUAGUCGGGCAGCUGAACACAACACAGACCGCGCAAAACACUCAGAUGACACAAGUUCAAACACUCCAGCAACAACCGCAGACCCUCGUUGGCAAUGGAUUGGUCCAGACAUCUGUCGGGAUGGCGGUGCAGCAACAAACCACGCUCAGCCACGCUACCCCCAUGCAAGCGGGUGCGGUUGGACUUAUCGCUGCACCGGUCCAAGGGUCAGUGAUGCCGAUGCAGACAUCGACCGCCAUGGUGGCCCACGUCAAGACCGAAGAUGAUAAAUCUCAACAGGCUGCUACACCGGCGCCCGUGCAGCAGAUCGCUCCGCAACAGCAGAUGGUCGCCGAGUCGACAACGGAUGCGGCCGUAUCCGCGACGCCAAUCAUAAGCUCGGCCGCCUCCGUUCCGAACAACACCGCCGCGGUCACGACCGUCACUACGGCCGACGCGUCUAUCUCCACCAGCACAUGUAUGGGGCCACCGCCGCCACCAGACGCGAAGCCGAUUUUGUCGAAGAAGGAGAUCGUUUCGGUGGCUGACUCAACUCCCUCCUCGGUAUCUCCAAGUGUGUCAAACAACUCCACUUCUGUGGCGAGCAGUGCGCAGCAAACGACCCCUAUUCUACCGCAGCUGGUGACAACGUCUUCUGUGUCUGCAUCCACAAUGACUUCGGUGACCACAGCGUCCGUAGCUUCCGGUACAUCAACUAUGUUCAAGAGCACGCAAUGUACUCCGCGUCAUAUCAGCCAAGCCGCUGCACACGACAAAGGGCUCCCCAAAGCUAUGGUGAAGCCGAACAUACUGACGCACGUGAUAGAAGGAUAUGUCAUCCAGGAGGCGGGAGAACCAUUCGCGGUGAACCGACCUCUACGCGAAUGGGCUGACAAAGAAGACAAAGAAAACAAACUGCCCAGUUCGGACGAGCCUCCACGUAAAAAGCAGAUGCUGGAAGGCGGCGCCAGUUUGCCCCGUAUAAGUUCUAGUAACGAUAACCACGUCAGCGAAUCUUCAACACAAAACGCCAAUGUGAAGGCCGAGGCCUCAUCUAACGUUGAGAUGGCCGACUCUCAACCUACGAGUGCCGACUCUGCACAAGCUAAGAUACCUAACGCUAACAAAUGGACGGUGGCCGAAGUGUGCGAGUUCAUCCGCAACAUCCCCGGAUGCGCCGGUUACGCUGACGAGUUCCUGAUGCAGGAGGUCGACGGUGAGGCGUUACUCCUCAUCAAGCCGGAGCACCUCGUUAUGGCGCUAUCCAUGAAGCUCGGACCGGCGCUCAAGAUAGUCGCCUGCAUCGAUUCCCUGCGGCCGGAAAGCGAACAAAACUUACACGAUCACGACUAAGUACGGCCACGAUACCGGAACAACUAAUGAAGCCUCCGAGAAUCUAAAGUGUUCAUCGUUUUAUAUUAUUAAUAUUAUUAUUAUUAUUAUUCUUAAUCUAAUAGCGUUCUGAUGGCGUAGUACUUUAAAAAAUAUUUUUUAUUAUCGUUGUUAUUUAAAAUCAUACAGUAGACGUGGGCUGUGUUACAGAAAAUCGAGCUAAAAAUACAAUACCACAAUAAUAUUAUGAUUUCUCAGUUCGUACUAAUAUGCUAUUAUAAAAUAGUAUAUUAAUUUUGCUUAAAUGCUAUUUAAAUAAUUCCGAAAGCGAACUAGAAUGUUGAUCUGGCAACAUUUAAUCAGCUAUAAAUAUGUGUUGAUUUCAAUACAAUACGUGUCUACUUAUUUUAAGAGGUCUUCAAGAAUGGUGAGCAUAUUUCUCAUAUUUAAAUUAAAAUGUUUAUACGCUUCGUCCCGUUAGUAAAGAAAAUUCGAAUCACAAUAGGCAAGUUGACUGAUAAUUUUUAUUUUCUCACGGAUAAGCUAAACGGAACAUAAAAGCAGAUAGACGGUCGUCGAAAGUUUAUAUUUAAAUUAACCUUAGAAUUGAAGUGGGUUAACU